AUGGCUACAACUGCUGAGACGCUAUUCCGCGAAAAAUCGGUCGUAGAGGUCCGCGACUACAAUCUAAACCUCACGCAAGAGAUAGCCCGCGCAAGAGACACCUUUGAGUUUGAACUGGGCAAACGAUACACUGAUAUCCUGGCUGUUACUGAUGAAGUUGAAGUUUUGCUGCAGGAGGCCCGUCUGGCAGAUGCCAGUUUGAUGGACUUGUGUUUCAACGAUUCUAAAUGCAAACUGGAGACUGUAUCAGAACCGGUAAAGGAAUUGGGCACACCAUUGGGACUCAAUGGCUUUAAUUCGGCAUCUAUUGUGGGUUCUGAGGCUUCAAGUGAGGCCCACUGUACGCUGGCCGUAUCUGAGUGGGUUCUGGCGGUGCUAGCUUUGGUACAGGAUCCAGGAUCAUUGAAAAAUCUCGAUUUACUGGUGUCUAAAUUUGGGUUCAUCAAUAAAGUCAGCGUGCCGGAACAAUUCAACACAGUGAUUGCCGACAAAUGUAAAUUGCUAGAAUCGGCCGUUUUGCAGCACGCUUUGUCUCUAACGGCGAGCCACUGGGUCAGAUUGCAAAAGCUCUUUCAUGAUUAUCAAGAAUCGCCGCUGUUUGAAUUCAAACAAAUACAUGCAAUUGACGAAUUGGCCUUUGACUUUCUGUUAGGUAAUGAAGACUACUUGCAACGAAGCGUGACCGACGCAGAGGUUCAAACUUUUUUCAAAACGCCUGUUUACAGAGCCAAAUCUAUCGAGAGGGCACUAAAAUUGAUCGAUGAGCAGUUCCGGAAGUAUGAAAGCAAUGAUUCUUCAGGGGAACAAAGUGAUUUGGCUCUUUACGACGACACCGAUGAAGAAUCGCUUCAACUUUUUGUUAAGAAUGUUGAUUUAUACUGCAAAGGUGUCAUUACAAUAAAAGAUCAGAGAUUGGAAGCCUUGGUGGAGCGUGUCAUAGAAACGAUUGCGAAACUCAAAACUUCUCGUGUUGAGGCGAAUGUUCUUGCGGACAUAAAGAACCGUUUAGCAACCCAUGUACAGGCGAGAUUGGCGGAACUCGAAAACGACUAUCACGAUCUCGAUGUAGUCGCAUUAGAAGUUCUGGACGGUUCCGAUGCCGAGCAACUUUCUAAGGAAGGUACUCAAGGUUCAAAUGAACUGGCAGAAUUGCCUUCUGUGAGGGCCAAGGGUGAGGGCAUUGGUACCACCACGGAAAGCUCGUCUGCAAAGCCCCAUGAGCCACAUGAAACUCUUUCCGAAGUCAAAUUAGAGAAUAUUUCUUCCGGCAAGGAAGCGACUAGUAGCAAUGACGAAGCUAAGAGUGACAAGCUAGACUCCGUGGGAGAAGAAGACAAAAAGUCACAGGGACAGUUUUCAGAACAAAUUGGAAAACAAGAUGCAUACAAAGAAUCAUCAACGGAACCCGAAAAAACUGAUGAGCCGCCCUCAAAGGAAAAAGAAUUAGAAGGCGAACGAACACAACCAAAACCUACAGAAAAGCUUAAUCAACAGGAUGAGUCGGAAGCAUCAAAACCCACGCAAAUCGAACCGGAGUCGCCAUCACUUGCGCCAAACUUGACCCUACCUUAUUUUGAUGGAAAGACAAUCACAUUGGCGAACUCGAAUAGCCUCGUGAAUACAUCGUUGGAUAUCACCAACGCCUCAAAUCUCAAGCACCAUCUGGAAUUCCAAAUACAGCAGAUUCGACUACUAUGA